AUGGAUAUACAACAAUUUGAAAAAGAACUAGUAACAAAAUUACAAUUCAAAGCUUCAUCACGAGUUGGGAUUGACACUGUAUUACUUAAAAUAUUCAAAUUCUUUGAUUUGACUAAUUCAGGAUUUCUGAAAAAAUAAGACUUUUUAAAAGCAAUAGCAAAAUCAGGGGUAACAAUAGCAGAAUAAGAUGUAAGUUAAAUUUGUUAUUUUAGUUUGCUGAAAAAUUAUGGAAUCACUAUUCAGAUGGUGUUUAACUAAAUUAUAAAGAUUUUAUCAAUAGAGUUGUUAUAAAAGACACAAAUAUAGAGGAUUAUUCGGAAUCAAGAAUAAUAGCAUCUCCAUUAGAUUCUUUAAGAGCAAAAAUAUAAUUAAAGGGAGCAUUGGGGUUGUUAAAUUUAGCAAUAAGUUUACCAAAUUAAUUUAACUGUCAAUAAUUGUAAGAGUAUUUAAGAAGGUAAGGUAUAGAAGUAGAAGGAAUGUAUUAAAUAUUUAACGGAGAGUUUAUGAGUUAAUCUAAUUUGAUGAGUUUAAUAAAAGGAUAGCUUAUGAAUUAGUUUAGAUAAGCAUUAAUAACUAAUGUAUUUUAUACUUUUGAGACUCGAGAAUUAACACCAUAAUUUUUAAUAAAUAGAUUUUAAUUUGAUAAGCAUCCAGAAAUCAAGUUUUUGGGAAGAGAUUAAAACGAAAUAAAAGAAGAAUUCAUUACAGGACUUAGUCUUUAUUUAUAAAUUAGAGCAAUUAAAGUAUUGAGUUUAUAGGAUUGGUUAGACUUUUAUUCAUAUUUUGGAUUUAAUAUUUAAAAUGAUGAAAUUUUCAGAAAUAUUAUAGUUUAAGUUUGGAACUUAGAUUAAUUAAAUUAAUAAUAAUAAGCAUCUCCAUAAUAAAGUGCAAAAUAAAAGUCAUAUUAAUAAUAAUUAUAAUAAUCACCUGGAUCUUAAAGAUAAGUGAAUUAAUAAUUAAAUUUUUCUCCUGAAAAUAAAUCAACUAAAUCAUAUUAAUAAUAUUAACAAUCUCAAUUAUAAAGAACGCCAAUAUAAUAAAAUAUAUAAGAACCUGUUUUAGAAUAGUCUAGAUAAUCUGUACCGAAGUCUGUUAAAUCUCAUUAAUCAUAGAAAUCGCAUUAAUCUUAAUUAUCAUAAUUAUCUGCAACAUCUAAAUAAGUAGAGUUAAUAGUUUAAAGAAUUCGAAAUAGAUUAAUAUCAAGAGGAGCUAGAGGAUUUAUAUCUUUGUAUAGAGUAUCGAAGAUUUUAGAUGCUGAUUAAGAUGGAAUGUUAAAUUUAUCAGAAUUUAGAAAAGCUAUUAGAGAUCAUAAAAUAGAAGUAACUGAUCCAGAAAUAGAUUUAGUAUUUUAAUAUUUUGAUAGAGAUUUAUCAGGCUUAAUUGAUAUUUGGGGAUUUAUGUUCGUAUUAAGAGGUGAAAUGAGUGAAUAGAGAUUAUAAUUAGUAGAAUAAUUAUUUGAAAAAUAUAGACAAGGUGAGUUUAUCACUAUUUCAAAUUUAAGAAAUAAUUUCAUAGUAAGAAAUCAUCCUGAUUUGAAAAAUGGAAAAAAAAGUGAUGAUGAAAUUACCUAAGAUUUCUUUGAACCUUUAUAAUAAUUACAUAAUAUAAAUGGAGGAUUUGGGAAUGAAAAUAUUAAUAAAAAUGAACUUAUAGAAUACUUUAGUAAUUUUAGUGCAUCAAUUCCUGAUGACAAAUAUUUUGAAUAAAUCCUUGUUACUGUUUUUAAAAUAUAAGCAGAAUAAUAAAAAAGUCAUCAUGCUGGUAAUAAAUAAGUAUUUGAACCAGAUCAUAAACGUAGUUAUCUAUAAGAUCAUCAUCGUUAUGUUGUUUAAGGUGGUAGUGUUUCUGCAAAUGCACCAUUUGGUACUUUUACUUAAUAAGAACAUUCUUAAUAAUAAUAAAGACCAGCAUCAGGUUUUGAAUAACCAGCAUCAUUCAAUAUUUUUAAACCACUUUAAGAUAAUAAUAAUUCUAAAUCAAAUGUACAAUUAGGUCAUUCUUAAAUUUCAUAAUAAUCAUCAUAAUAAUAAUAAUAAUAAUAAUAAUAAUUUCAUUUAUAAAUAGAGUAAACUCCUAAAUAGUAAAAGUAAAAAAUUGAUAGUUUUUAAAUUUUAAAAAAUAAGAUUAUGUAAAGAGGUAUAAGAGGAUUAAUUAAUAUUUAGUAAAGAUUUAGAAUUUUUGAUUCAUAAGGAGUAGGAUCCUUAUCUUUAAAUGAUUGGUUAAAUAGUUUUAAAUCUUGGAGAUUGGAUCUAAAUGAUUAGGUCAUUUAAGAUGUAUUUAAUUCAUAGUAAAUUAAUGGGAUGAUUAUAUAUGACAAUUUUAUUAAGAAACUUUAGGGUACUAUGAGUUUAAGGAAAUUUAAUAUUGUAUAAUAAGUAUUUGAAUCUUUGACUAAAUAAAAUAUAGAAGUUUUGAAAAGUAUGGAAUGAAAUUUAUAAUUAGAUUAAUUUAAUGUAAAGGAACAUCCAGAUGUUAAAUUGAAUAGAAAAAGAGAAGAUGAAAUGUUAUGUGAAUUUAUUGAUACUUUUGAAUAACACCAUUAAAUAUUUGUAAUUAAUCUACUACUAAUUAUAGAGUGGAAGAGAUUAUUUAAAAAAUCCAAAUGUUUCUUUUGAAGAAUUUAUAGACUAUUAUAAUAAUUAUAGUGCUUUGAUAGAAGAUGAGAUAUAAUUUGAAUAGUUCAUGGUAGCAAUUUGGAAUGUGAGGAAGAGAUUAUGA